CCUAGAUGUGUUCCUCUGUCAGCUGCUCCAGGUGACCCUGCAGGGGGUUGCACUGGCUGGUCUCCCUUCCAAUCCUAGCAAUUCUGUGGUUCUGUAACACUGAGUUGUCAAGAUUAGUGCCUGUUGCAUUGUUACUGUUUUCUCAUUAUUAUUUAUCAUUCUAGAGAUGGAAUUUCCUUCUAGCUUCACUAGUACUGAAAGAGCAUUUGUUCACCGUCUCUGUCAGUCUCUUGGACUGGUAUCUAAAAGCAAAGGAAAAGGAGCCAAUCGCUACCUGACUGUAAGGAAGAAGGAUGUAUCAGAGGCACACGCAGGCAUGACUUGUGGCUUGGCUCUCCGUACGAAACACGCUGUUCGGAGUCUGAUUCAGCGCUUUCCCGUCACAAAUAAGGAAGGCACGGAACUCCUGCCAAGGACAGAGCGAGGAAAUGCCUGUGCUGUUGAAUCUGAAAACAAAGAAGUAAACAAGAUAACUUUUCGACUUAAUGAUGGUAUCCCCCAGGUCCCAGUGGAAAGAGGGGAAUCAGAGUUUGAUUCCUUCAGGCAGUCACUACCAGUUCUUGAGAAACAGGAAGAAAUUGUCCAAACAAUAAAGGACAAUAAAAUUGUUUUGAUCAUAGGAGAGACUGGAUCAGGAAAAACUACGCAAAUCCCUCAAUUUAUCCUUGAUGACUGCUGCAAGAAUGGAACUGCCUGUCGUGUGUUCUGUACUCAUCCCAGACGUUUAGCAGCUGUUGCUGUGGCUGAAAGAGUGGCAGCAGAAAGAAGAGAGAAGAUUGGCCAGACAAUUGGUUACCAGAUCCGGUUAGAAAGCAGGGUUUCUCCAAAGACACUGGUAACAUUCUGCACUAAUGACAUGCUCCUUGGCACGCUGAUGGCAGGAGACAGCACCCUCUCCACCGUGACCCAUGUUAUUGUGGAUGAAGUACAUGAGAGGGAUAGGUUCAGCGACUUCUUGCUAAUAAAACUGAGAGAUGUGCUGCAAAACCAGCAUAAUUUAAAACUAAUUCUUUCUGGUGCUGCUGUAGAUACAAAUCUCUUUAUUAGGUAUUUUGGAAGCUGCCCAGUAAUACAUAUCCAAGGCAGGCCUUUUGAAGUUAAAGAGUUGUUUCUGGAGGACAUUUUACGAAGCACUGGGUAUACAAACAAAGAGAUGGUGAAGUACAAAGAAGAGAAGCAGCAAGAAGAGAAACAGAAGUACACUCUUGCUGAGUGGUGUUCAGCUCAAGGCAACAGUAACAAAAGGACAUCUCGGAGACAAAAAUCGGUUCCAAGGGCAAAUGAGGAGUACAAAUGGUUGGGUGAUGGUGGUGACACAGUAUUUAAUCAACUGACUGAAAAAGAUGUGAAUUGCCUUGAACCGUGGAUAGUAAAAGAAAUGGAUUCCUGUCUUUCUGACAUCUGGUUGCAUAAAGAUACUGAUUCGUUUGCUCAGGUGUUAAAUCUUAUUUUAACUGAAAAUGUCAGUGUUGAUUAUAGGCACAGUGAAACUGGUGCGACUGCUCUGAUGAUUUCUUCAGGGAGAGGCUUUUUGAGUCAAGUAGAACAGUUGAUCAGCAUGGGAGCAAGUAUCCACUGCAAAUCAUCUAAUGGCUGGAUGGCUGUGGACUGGGCUAGGCACUUUGGACAGACAGAGGUUGUUGAUCUGUUGGAAUCCUACAGCACUUCAUUUGCAUUUGGAAAUCUGGAUGAAAGUUCCCUGGUCCAAAAUAGUGGUAGUGACCUUAGUGCAGAGGACAGAGAACUACUGGCAGCUUAUCAUCACAGUUUUGAUGAUGAAAAAGUGGAUCUGGAUCUGAUAAUGCACUUACUUCACAGCAUCUGUCAUAGUUGUGAUGCAGGAGCAAUUUUAAUAUUUCUUCCUGGGUAUGAUGAGAUAGUGAGCCUCAGGGACCGCAUUCUUUUGGAUGACAAGAGAUUUGCUGCUAAUGCUCACAGAUACCAAGUUUUCAUGCUUCAUUCAAGUGUGCAGACUUUGGAUCAGAAGAAAGUGCUUGAAACUCCACCUUUUGGCAUCCGCAAAAUUAUUCUUUCUACUAAUAUUGCAGAAACCAGCAUAACAGUCAAUGAUGUGGUGUUUGUCAUUGACUCAGGCAAGGUGAAAGAGUCUUUUGAUGUGCAGAGUCGUGUUCCAGUGCUAAAAAUGGGGUGGAUUUCAAAAGCCAGUGCUGUCCAGAGAAAAGGCAGGGCUGGGCGCUGUCAGCCUGGAGUCUGCUUUCGUCUCUUCAGCAGGCUGCGAUUUCAGAAUAUGUUGGAAUUUCAAUCUCCAGAACUUCUAAGAAUGCCGCUUCAGGAGAUUUGUUUGUACACAAAACUUCUGACUCCAAUUAAUUGUCCAGUUGUAGACUUUCUUAUGAAAGCUCCUGAUCCGCCGCCUGCUGUAACUGUGAGAAAUGCUGUGCAUAUGCUUAAGACCAUAGAUGCCAUGGACCCUUGGGAAGAUCUCACUGAGCUUGGUUAUCACCUCACUGAAUUGCCUGUAGAGCCACACCUCGGUAAAAUGGUGUUGUAUGCUGUAGUUCUGAAGUGCCUGGACCCCGUUCUGACCAUUGCCUGUGCUCUUGCCUGCCAAGACCCUUUUGUGCUGCCCACGCUGGCCUCCCAAAAGCGAGCAGCCGUGCUGUGCAGGAAGCGUUUUGCUGCCGGGACGUUCAGUGACCACAUGGCCCUGCUCAGGGCUUUCCAGGCAUGGCAGAAGGCCCGCAGUGACGGCUGGGAGAGAGCCUUCUGUGAAAAGAACUUUGUAUCCCAAGCCACAAUGGAAAUCAUUGCAGGAAUGAGAACACAGUUGCUUGGCCAGCUUAGAGCCUCAGGUUUUGUGAGAGCCAGAGGAGGAGCUGAUAUUAGAGAUGUUAAUGCUAACUCUGAGAACUGGGCUGUGAUUAAAGCUGCCUUAGUGGCCGGGAUGUAUCCCAAUCUGGUGCAUGUAGACAGAGAAAGCCUGCUGUUGACUGAACCAAAGGAGAAGAAAGUGCGAUUUCAUCCUACCUCUGUUCUUGGCCAGUCUCAGUAUAAAAAGCUUUAG